AUGGCGAAGAAUCUAAUGAUUCGUCGUGUUUUUUCAAACAAAUUUUUAAACUCCUCCUAUAAGGCGUUUAUAUGUCGUGCAUAUUCAAAAGAUAAAGGGUUUUGGAGUUCUUUUGUUGAUGGAGCCUCGGACACUAGAAGCGACGCUCAUUCAAAAAUCUUGACGAAUAACGUGUUGUAUGAACUUCAAUUACAUCUUUGGGUGUACAAAAGUGGCUUUGAUGAUGUGAAUAAAGCCAAUGAUUAUCUUCAAACAAAUGAGGAAUUCAAAUUAUUUGAAAAAGAACAAUCAUCAAUGCUUCACAAGAGAUACAACCAACUGUUGUAUGGAUUUGAUUUUUGGGGUGAACCUCGUUUACGUGAAACACAAAAUGUCUAUGAGUUGAGAACUUAUCAUUUGAAGCCUGGAAGUCUGAUUGAGUGGAGGAAUAAUUGGAUUCAAGCCAUUGUACAUCGACAGAAAAAUAAUGAAGAUGUUGCUGGAUUUUUUACACAGAUUGGAGAACUUUAUGUUGUUCAUCAUUUAUGGGCCUACAGAAAUCUAAAGGUUAGAAAGGAAACACGCGAGGCUGCCUGGGAAAACCCAAACUGGGCAGAUUGUGUUGCAAAUACAGUUCCCCUGGUGAGACGAAUGGAAUCAAGAAUUAUGCUUCCAACUAAAAUAUCUCUUCUUACAUGA